UCAUCACAAAUUCGUAACAAUGUUUAUAUUGUGACUAAAUAUUUCGUCUUAAUAAAAUUAUUUUCUUGUAGUGAUUGUUAGUUGUUGAGAAUAUAUGGUGUAUUUUCUUGCACCUCUUUCCCAACAACUCAAGUGAAGUGUUUUGAGAGAAAGAGUCUUUUUAACCUCGAUACACAUUCUGCAUCAAUAAAACCAAUACAAUCUUUUCUUUUUUUGAAAGUUAAAAUUAUUUUAGGAUAAAAUAAAAGAACUUGUAGCUACAUCAUGUGGUCUUAAAAUUGAAAAUUCGGAAUAAGAAAAAUAAAACAUAAAAUAUAAUUUAAAUUAAACAUAGUGCAUGUAGUCCAUGAAGUGGUAUAUUUCCUUGUAAAUGAGCAUCCAUCGCAUACAUCAUCGAAUUUGCCAGCAACACAUGUGUUCCCAACUUCAAUCUCGCUUAAGAGGAAAUCGUAAUCACGGUAUUUCCUCACACUCAACUCUAGAAUGACUUCACGACAAUUUUGUUGGCAUUGUCUUACCACCUGCAGCCCUUGAUUCUUCCAAAGUUGGGUAACAUAGUUAAAUCCUUCAUCAAACUCCCCUUCCCCGAUUAAAAUCAUUCCGUAUACAUACAUGGCUGAGAAAUGAGUAGCAUUAGCUGCAUAAGAAAUUUGAGCUAGGCCUGCAGAAUUUCCUUUCUGUAAUAAUAAUCAGUAAGACCACACAAAAAAAUAGCAUGAAUAUUUCUAGCCUUAACACAUUCAGCUAAAAAUUUGAAAUUUUUAAGAAUCUUAUUCCAUGGUGGUGGGAAAACUUCAGCCAAAUUUAGAUUCUUCAAAACAUCUGAGAAUUUUGAGAUUCUAUGAAAUGUCUUGCAAGUAAAGAUCGAAGCUUGAAAAUCUUCAGCAGAUGAUUCACCAACUUUUGAAAGAAUAAUGGCUACUGUAUCAUCGGGAAGAUCUGUUAGAACCGUGUCAAUGGAUUUACAAGGAGAUUUAGCUACUCUACUAUCCAAAAAGAUACAUCUCCAUGAUCUUGUUAUAGGGAAAACCAUGCAACAUGUCACAGUUCGUAUCUUGCGUAUGUGGGAAGCUCGAAACUUCAAACUCAACGGAACGCUCAUGAGUCUCGACAUGCUAUUUUUGGAUGAAAAGGAAAAUGUAAUUCAAGGAUCAAUUUUUCACCGCUUUAUUGGCAAAUUUAAAGGUCAUCUUGAAAAAGGGAAAAUGUAUCUAAUUAGCAAUUUCGAAGUUGUUCCCACCUAUGGUUUUUACAAAGUGACGGACAAUCCAUUUACUAUCAGAUUUAUGGAAACAACUAAGAUUGUCGAAGUUCUCGAAGAUAUCUGUUCUAUUAAGGAUGAAAAAUUCAGGCUACACAAUUAUGCUGAAAGUAACAAAUUUGUGGGGACCAAUAUUCACUUGUUUGAUGCCGUUGGACAAUUAUUGAAAGUUCAAGACUCUAACUUGGAAGAUUCUACCUCAACUGAAAGAAUCGUCUUCCUUCUAUUGCUACAAGAAAAUGAAUCAGUACGACUAACACUUUGGGAUAACCAAGCAUCAAACUUUCGUCAACAAUUCAUCAAAACUAAUCAAGAAAACAGUGUUAUAGUAUGUACAAGUUUGAAUCCAAAAAUGUUUGCAGGGAAAAUGCAUUUGAGCUCAACUGGAGCAACAAAGACAUAUAUCAAUUAUGAGUUAGAAGCUGUUCAAGAGUUUAUGAAAGGAAAAUAGAGCAAAACCUUCGUCAAUCGUCGAACAAAAUAAUAUGAAUAACAAACUGGGAGUUUGGACUAUUGGCCAAAUAUUUGAAUACAUAUAUAGUGGAGCGACGGAGGUAUUCUCAUAUUAUUGUCUUAUGCUAAGUGUUCAAAGAAGCUUGGUCGCUCUUCCACAUCUUUAAUGUGCAACUCUUGUAACACAAGCACCAUAAUUGGAAUUGCUAGGUUUAGAGUGGAAUUGGAGGUUGAAAGUGGUGAUAGAACUACCACAUUUGUCUUAUUUGAUUGAGACGUAAGAAAACUUACACACACAAUAGCCGAAGAGAUUACUAAUUCAGAGGUGAGAAAUACUUAGGUUCACUCCUAAGGUGAACCUUCUU